AUUUGGGACAGCAAAGCUGAUGCUCCAAUCGAUGCUGCUAGCUAGCGUAGUGGGUAACCAGCUAGCUAGUAGGGGGCUAGCUAAGGGUUAGCAGUAGCUGCAUCGCUGCGCUCGAUUAUUAGAUGAUAUAUUCGUUUCAUUAGUAACGUCAAAUGUCGCCAGUGAAGCUUAGAUAGUGUUAAUAAAUGUCUGCAGUGUGAGAACGCGAAGGUGGAGGACUCCAGGCCGUGUUUUUGUGGUUGAGUUGACUCAGCGGGGAAAGAUGUGCGAUGGAAUGAUACAGUCAACACCAAUUGCCCUGUGGGCCCACACCUCAUCCACCAAACGGUUCUUCUUGUUGCUGCUGGUACUGACUGCAGUGUCCACUGGGCAAGGGUCAGGAUGUGUGAGGCCCUAUAUGGUCCAGAACAGCUGGGUAAACCUCACAGAAACCAACAGGGGCUCCUUCCCUGUGGGCACCGUACUGCAGUACAGCUGUGACCCUGGUUACCUGCCAGACGGACCCAGCAUCCUCACCUGCAACACACUGGGACGCUGGACCUCUGAACCUCCUCACUGUAUACGCAGUGGUGCAUGUCUACCCCUCUUCAAACCCGAGCAUGGGGGCUACACCUGCCACCCAGCGCCCUGCCGGAUGUUUUCCCAUGGCACUGUGAUUGAGUUCUUCUGUGACGAUGGGUUUUUUCUCAGUGGAGACUAUAACUACCUGACCUGCCAGGACGGACAGUGGGACGGCCCCAUGCAGAUCAGUUGUGUGAGCCAAGGUUGUAUAAGACCCUCCACAGUGCAACAUGGCUCAACUAAUCUGACAGACUCCAAUAAGAGUUUGUUUCCUGUAGGGACAGUACUGCGGUACAGCUGUGACCCCAGUUAUCUGCCGGUCGGUCCCAGCAUCCUCACCUGCUCCAAACUGGGACACUGGUCAUCUGAACCUCCUCGCUGUAUAAGAAGUGAUGGUUGUAUAAGGCCCUCUACGGUGCAGCACGGAUCCACUAAUCUGACAGAAACCAACAGAAGCUCGUUCCCUGUGGGUACCGUACUCGAGUACAGCUGCGACCCCGGUUACCUGCCAGACGGACCCAGCUUUCUCACCUGCUCCGCACUGGGACACUGGUCCUCUGAACCUCCCCGCUGUAUACGCAGUGACGUUUGCCAGCCUCCAUUUCAGCCAGAGAAUGGGGGCUACACCUGCCACCCCGCCCCAUGCCAAAGACUUUCUCAGGGCACUGUGAUUGAGUAUUUCUGUGAUGAAGGCUAUGUUCUGAAGGGAGAAUAUAAAUACCUUACCUGUCAGUAUGGAGAGUGGGACAGCCAAAUGAAGCUCAGUUGCCUCAUGGAGCAAGACCACAACCCAACUUUACCGUUGGGGAUGCCCGCCCUGUCCAUAGUGGCAUCCACAGCCAGCUCAGUGAUCCUAAUACUGCUCCUGGUGGUGCUGUUUGUUCUUCUGCAGCCAAAGCUCAAGUCCUUCCAUCGACGGGAUCAGGGAGUGUCUGGACAGCCCGUGUCCAUCAUGGUGGAAGGAAUCCAGGUGACUCUGCCUUCGUACGAUGAGGCUGUGAAUAUUUGUGGAGCCAAUUCCCUCAGCUCUGAGUCUCGAGUCCAGAUAGUGCUGUCUGAGGGUCAGCACGCCACAGCGCCAGAGGCUGGCCCCUCUCGGCCUUCUUUCCUCAAACAGCAGCAGUCAGAGAUGGCUGUGGUCCACUCCGUGCCGCCGUCCUCAUCCUCCUCGUCACCUUCCCCCUCAUCCUCCACCUGGGUCCUGGAGCACGCUGGUGCUGCAGCUCCGUCAUCCUCGCAAAGAAGGCCGUCUGCAGGCAGCGACCAUCACAACCUGUCUCUGGACUCUGAGAUGGACUACUCUGAUGGUGAAGCCCUAUUCAAAUACACUUCUCACUUAAACCCCCACUUUGCUAAUGAUGGUCUUUUGUCUACAGAUAUGCCAUUGCUGAAGGAGGCCUGAAGAAUGCAGCAGCCUUUGUACUGACUCGACGAAACCAGCAUUGCUACUGACCUGCACUGGUGAGCGGGUAACUCUUGAGAGUAUUUCAACUCAGCUGUCAACACAGACGAGGCUCUGAGUGAAGCUGUGGGUGACUCAGAGUUGUUCCUCGGUCCAUCCCAAAGGAAAAGAGAGAAGGGAUUCACAUGUACAUACAUGCUUACAUUUUUCAUAAGAAUUCCUUAUCUAUGUAUGUACGUCUAAUGUCUGAAGCUCCGUUUGAAAACAUAGAAGAGAAAGAGAAAGGAAGAAAAAGGAAGACAGUGUGUCUACAGCCUGUUGAAAAUAAUGCCUGUUGUAUUUCAGUGUAGUGGGUGAACUCAGUUUGAGAGCUAAUAAUCUCUUCAGUGUUUGUUCACUGUUACUUUUCUUUACCCACAUUCCGCACCAGACUCACAUCGGCAAAGCUGCAUGAAAGAAGGAAAUCAAGAUGAUUGUCCAAGUCGUUUACUCUCACGACAUUGUCUUCACAAGGUUUUUGUGAUUUAUAAGUGAUUACAUAAGGUGUUAUUAUUCAUGACUCGCGUCAUCCACAUGUCACUGUACAGUUUAAGGCUGCUUUUCCUCCCCAAGAGUUCACCGUGCUGCAUUUUUCAUUGGAUUGAGGGCAAACACUCAAAGAGACUUUUUGUUUCAGGCCUGCGUUUAAUACAUUUCACUCUUGCAAAGCAUUCAGAUGUAUCCUCCUCAUAGUCAAACUCCUGCCCCCAAUGGCCUUAGCGUUCCACUUCUAUGCACAGGUUUCUGUAAAAAUAAGGAAUUUCCAACGUGAAUGUGAGUUGAAUGCCUCCACUGCUUAGUGAUACUAUGUGUGGCUUUGUCAGACAUAUCACUUGUACACCAGAAAAUAUUAUUCUCUUAAUUUAUUCAGGCUGCUUGUAAAUUCCUCUUUUUAUUGUAAAGGAGAACAUUUAAGAUGUGUAUUUAUUUAUUUGUGUCCACAACGCUGUUGAUCAGCCAUGGCUUCGUUUUAAUGCUUUCACAGCUUCAGUUUCGAUUCUUCUGCAGACACGUUCUGAGUGACACUGUUAAUGUUGUUUGAACGCUCCAACACUAAAGUGAGUAAGUGUACAGGUUAGUGUAAUGUUAGUGUUCACUUGGUGUGACUGUCCAUUACAUUUACUUUUGGACUGAGGAAAUCAUGUUUUGUUUCUGUGAAUAUGGUAAUUUUAAUAAAUGUCAAAUGUAUUAAGUUAAAUUUACUCUGUAUAUACAAUACGAUUAUUUUGAUUAAAUAUUCUUUGAGAUGUUCAAA